AUGGGUUCUAUAAUAUCACUUCCAAUUACCAUGGGUGGUUCAUUUUUGGCUUCAUGUCUUGGGGGAUGUUGCUCAAAUAUGCUAUCCAAAUUAUUUAAUGUUGUGGGUUCUUCCUCGUUGGGUACACGAUUACUGUAUACAAUUGCCUUAUUGUUUAACUCAGUCAUUUCCUGGAUUUCUAUGUCUGCUAAUAAGUCAUACCUAUGGCCAGGUAAAACAUGUACAUCUACUGGUGAAUGUGGUUUCUUCACUGUACAUAGACUAAAUUUUGCAUUAGGUAUAUUCCACGUCAUCAUGGCUAUUUUAUUAAUAGGAGUUAAAUCAACUAGAGAUCGUAGAGCUUCAUUGCAAAAUUCAUGGUGGUCCCUAAAAUUUAUAGUAUAUCUAUUAUUGGUCGUUUUCGCUUUUGUGUUACCCAAUAAUUUUUAUGUUUUCUUUUCAAAAUGGAUUUCAGUACCGAGUGGGUCUCUUUUUAUACUUAUUGGAUUAAUAUUAAUGGUAGAUUUUGCUCAUGAAUGGGUGGAAACCUGUAUUUAUCACGUAGAAUUAGAAGAUGAUAAUUCUUUAUUGUGGCAAAAAUUUUUAGUAUUAAGUACUGCUGCAAUGUUUACGGUAUCAUUUGCAAUGACAGUAGUAAUGUUUAUUCUCUUUGCUGGUGAUCAGUGCCAUAUGAAUAAAACAGCAAUUACAACUAAUAUAAUUCUUUCUAUAUUAAGUACUGUACUAUCUAUUAACCCCAAAAUACAAGCGGCUAAUCCUGGUGUAGGCUUAGCUCAAAGUAGUAUGGUUUCUAUGUAUUGUACUUAUUUAACAUUGAGUGCUAUGGCAUCUGAACCAGAUGAUAAGAUGUGUAAUCCAUUAGUAAGAAAUAGUGGGACUAGAAACCUUAGUAUUAUCGUUGGUUCCAUUUUCACAUUUAUUGCAAUUGCUUAUACCACAACAAGAGCAGCUGCUAAUCGUGCCCUUCAAGGUAGCAACCAAAAUGGUCAAAUAUUUUUGAGUGACAAUGACGAAAUUGAAUACGAAGGAUUAUCCGGUCAAACAAGAAAUCAACUUCGUUUCGAAGCUAUCAAGCAGGCCGUAGAUGAAGGAUCACUUCCAGAAAGUGCAUUAUAUGAUUCAAUGUGGAUGAUUCAAUCAAACAAUCACAAUUCCACACCUGCAUUACAUAAUGAAGGUGAAAAUACCACAAACGAUGAGGAAUAUGCAGGUUCUAAAUAUAAUUAUACUUUAUUCCAUGUUAUUUUUUUUCUUGCUACACAGUGGAUUGCCAUGCUAUUAACAAUAAAUAUUGGGAAAGAUGACUUAGGGGAUUUUAUUCCAGUCGGUAGAACUUAUUUUUACUCUUGGGUGAAAAUAGUCAGUGCAUGGAUUUGUUAUGGUCUUUAUAAUUGGACUAUUAUCGCUCCACUAGUUUUGGAUAGAUUUAAUUAUGAUGAAUACUACUAA